AUGCCUUUGAAGAAGAAGAACUAUACACUCAAAACCAUAUUCAAACCCAUUUUUACGGUGUGUUGUUGCGGUUGCGGCUCUAGCUUUUCGCUUUCUUCUCACAGCCACGACUACACCCCGGGACUACCGGUUUCUCCCACGGUGUUACGCAGCCCAUGUCCUAAGAUCAAUGAGAGCGUAGCGAUGGCUAAGGAAUCAACCAAUCCAUUCGAAGAUUACAAGAAGUCGAUGAAUCAGAUGAUCAUCGAGAGAGAUAUCGAAACAGAGGAUGAUCUUAAGGAGCUUCUAAGGUGUUUCUUGGACAUAAACCCUCCUCCUCAUCACAAUCUCAUCGUUCGUGCUUUUGUUGACGUCUGUUCACAUCUCCGGCCACCACACGACCGCCGUGGAAAGUCACUUGGGAGAUUGCUUCGUCUUUAUGUUAAUCCUGUUGAUGGUAAUGAUAACAAGUCGCACCAAACCUCAUCAAAUAGUAUGAGGAAUUGA